UGGCGGGGAUGGAGGGGGAUGCUGCUGCUGCUGCUGAUGAUGUAAUAAUCGCACGCUCCGCUGGUUCUAAUAGUAUGGCAAGCCGUUUUAAUAUUAAAUACCCCUUGCUGUACUAUUCAUAAUUUAGUUUAGACUACUAGAAUCCUCACGCUCGCGACCCUGCCAGAGUGAUGUCAUAAUCAAUACCGUGAACCGUGCUUAAGAGUUUCCCCCCUGCGUCCGUGCUGCUCAGCGCGGCCUCCAUGAGGACAAACCCCGGGACUGCGGCGCUGAUGGCUGUUGCGGUCGGGACUGCAGCAAGCUCCCUUCAGCAUUACAGCUGCGACCCCUGCGCUCAGACAAGCGGCAAAACCCGUGCAACCGAAACACGCGCGAGAGCGUUCUCUAUGGAAUAUCUGUCGUCUAAACUCCGGAUGUGACUGACAGCCAGUCGCUGUGCAUUACCGAUCAUCUGCGCCCUUUUAGGACUUUUUUGAUUCACCAUUGAUGGAAACUGAUGCCCUGUUGCCUUUCCUCGACCGUGUCUACCUCUGCAGCCGCUGUUUAUCCUUUAGUAACGCGACUAGGCCCGCGAGCCCCUCUAAACAUCUCACAUAAUGACACUUUGAUGGAUAAAAUGAUAAGAGCGGAUCAUUUAUAUUGUGUUUUGGUCUUUUGGAUGUCGGCGUAGUGACUUUGCUGUGUUUUAAUCUUCUCUGAAUCCGACACCCGGGUGCGCAAGGACGGCAACAAUAAACGCCUGUUAUUUUAAGGGAUCGCGCGUGCUUCUCUCUCAGGAUGGCAAAUGAACCCGUUAUUCUUAAUGUGUAUGACAUGUACUGGAUAAAUGAAUACACCUCCACUCUGGGUAUUGGAGUCUUCCACUCAGGAAUAGAGAUUUAUGGCAGAGAGUUUGCAUAUGGUGGCCACCCGUAUCCCUUCAGUGGCAUUUUUGAGAUCAACCCUGGAAAUGCCUCAGAACUGGGGGAGACUUUCAAAUUCAAAGAGGCUAUAGCUCUGGGUACGACAGACUUUGCAGAGGAGGACAUUGAUAAAAUAAUGGAGGAGCUGGGAAAGGAUUUCAAGGGGAAUGCCUACCACCUGAUGCACAAAAACUGCAACCAUUUUUCUUCUUCGCUGUCUGAGUUGCUGUGUGGUAGAGAGAUCCCACGCUGGGUCAAUCGAUUGGCAUAUUUCAGCUCCUGUGUUCCAUUUCUGCAGAGCUGUCUGCCUACAGAGUGGCUCACACCCGCCGCGCUCCAGAGCCAUAUCAGCAUGGGCCUUCGGAAGGAGAACAGACAUGAUUCCAGCGACAAUGAGCACUCGUCUGCUACGGAUGCGGCCGCUGGAACAUCACACAGCUGCAGGCACACUCGCGUGUGAUCUUACACUUAUUUACACACAGUAUUACACUAAUUUGAACACACAUACUGUACACUCCAACCUCUGAUCCUGCUGCUACAGCGCCUCCUACUGGACUGGAUGAACACCAGCCCUCAUGGCCUCUCUGAAUGAGGAAAUCAAAGACAUGUUUUUCAGUAGAGCCUACAGGGAUUUAAAAACCUUGCAAUGGUACUCUUAAAGUUUUAGAAUUGUUUGAUUUUUACUAAGAUUUUAGGGAAAUGAAAACAGCAUUUUCCAUUUAGUUAUCUCUCUCUCUUAUAAGAACAUAGGACAAAAUGAAUGAUGGGGGAUCAUAAUGGACUGCCCACUGCUGGUGUGAGAGACAACACUACACUACAGGCCCCUUCCUCAUAAAUCCUGAACUUCUUUCCUUUAAUCCCAUCUGGAUGAUUUCCAGAUUUAGCCGAGUUUGCUGUGUGUUAAAUUAGUUUCUAUUUUGAGAUGGAAUAAGCGUGUCAUCAGAAGAAGAACUUACAUUCCUAACCUCUUUUUUUUCCUCAGUGACUUUAGUUAUAUUAAUCUGCUUUAAUUCAAUUAUAUGAUGUCAAACUAACGUCAUCUUUGGUUUACAUUAAUUAAAUUUUAGCUCUCUUUUUAUACUUUAUAUUUAAGUGCAAGGUUUGCAAUAAAUUUACAUUAAAAAGGGCCAAUGAAACUAUGUGUCACACAAACUGACAGCAGUUGGAAAUUGCAGCCUUAUAACUGUAAGCCAUUGAUAUUCUGGACUCAUCCGAAACAAAAGACCUUUGUUGUUCAGUCAUUGAGGGGCACAAAGCGGCCAUUUGUGAGGGUGAUGUUGAGGGGGUGGGUGGGAACGUGUGGGUGGGGUCUGCACAUCAGGUCUGGUAUCAGUACUGUAAUAAAGUGUUGUGAUUGAAUGCAAUGUCUGAGUGAUUAAGGGAAAGGGAGUGUUGCAAAGGUGUUAAUGGUCAUUUCUCUUGACUUUAGUAAUUGUGGUUUCUGGCUUUUAAAACUGCAGACUGAAAAGAGUAACGUUGUUUAAAUGUGUCAUCCACACCUCACUACUUGUGCACACAUUCUUCUCCUGGUUUUCAGUCUGGGGUAGUUGCUAAAAGCCAGAUUUCACACACAAAAAAAGUGUAUGAUGUACACAAACCUGAUUAUUAUUUAUUUUUUACUUUUUAAUUUCAUCCAGUCAGAGGAUGAAACAUGUUUGAGUUGCAUUCGGCAUGACUUGUAUACUUACUGUAGGAUGCCCAGUUUUACUCUGUAAACAUUUACAAAGUUGGCAAGCGUAUAAUGCCUGGUGUUUUAAAAUCUUUUCAGAUUUUAAAAUUGUGAAAUGUAUUCCAGCUACACCUAAAGUUUGUAAGGUAUUUUAGUCUUCGAGCAAUAGUCUUUAGUAAAGGUGGACACCAUAUCUAAUUUUUCACAAAUGAAAAUAAAACUGGGAGAGAUGUACAGAUUAGCAGAUUGGCAAUUUUCAUGUUUUACACACACAUUUUAUUAGAAAUGCAUAUUUUCAGUAUUUUGAUAUUAGGAUCAACAGAAAGGUAAAAAUAAUUCAGUGUGUUCAUUUGUAAAAAUAUUAAAUAUGGUGUAUUACAAGACUAUGGUCCAUGUCAGAGUAAAUAAUACAUCUCUAAGUAUACCAUUUUGCCUGUCUGAAUCCUCUAGAAGCUCAUCUUUCCUCUGUCUCUCAGGAUGGAAUGGUAUUGUAGAUGGCAAAACGGGUGUUUCAGGAGUCAAAUCUAUAGGAAAUAUGUAUUUGGUGACAUAUUUAUACAAUUUUAUAUUUGGGAUAUGAUUACUGUUAUUUUGUCAAAUAUAUUAUCAACCUUUAGAGCCUAAUUCUUAUGAUGCUGUUUUUUGUUUUAUUUAGUCUGAGACCACAACUGAGAUCUUUUACUUGUUCAGCAAAGACCCGUUUUGUAGGCAUCACCCACUGAUGCCAUUUCUAGCCUUGAUUAGUACGUCUUGUUUCGAUGUGAUGGACAAUUUCAGAUAUUUACAGAUGAAUAGAGAAUAAAGAAUUUAAAAGUU